AUGAGGGUGUGUGUGGUGGGUGGUGGGUCGUAUGUUGGGCGGCAGACUGUGAAGCUGCUGAGCCCCAUUGUAGAGCAUGUGAGGGCACUCGAUGUGGCCUUUCGUGUCAACCACCAGUAUGGGAACGAGGAGCGGGUCAUCGUCGACAUCACAGAGUACCGUCGCGUACGUGAUGCGCUCAAGGAUGCCGACGUGUGUGUGCACGUGGCCUCAUACGGCAUGUCUGGUGCGGAGCAGCUGAACAAGGCCCGAGUGCACGCCGUCAACGUCAAUGGCACCAGCAACGUGAUCAAAGCGUGCCGCGAGUGCAACGUGCGCGCUCUUGUGUACAUCUCCACGUACAACGUCGUCUUCAACGGAACGCCCUUUGAAGAAGGCGACGAAGAAGCUCUUGACUACAUCCCAGAUGACCAGCACACCGACGAAUACAGCCGGACAAAAGGGCAGGCAGAGCGACUGGUGCUUGCUGCCAACUGCGACACGCUGCGCACGUGCGCCCUCCGCCCCGCCGCCAUCUACGGCGACGGCGAGUACCGCCACCUCCCGCGCAUCAUCCGCCUCGUCAACAAAGGCCUUGGGUUCAUGGCGAUUGGGCGGCGGGAUGUGCUGUGUGACUGGGUCUACGGCGAAAACCUCGCCCACGCCAUCGCCCUCGCAGUGCAGCGGCUCACAGCCGACGACAGCGCUCCUACUGUGUCUGGGCGAGCGCUGUUCAUAUCAGACCAGCAGCCGGUGAACAACUUCACGUUCCUGGCCACCAUCCUCGGUGACACCUCCCUGUUCAGCGUGUACGUCCCAACACCAGCCAUGCUGGCGCUGGCGCACGUGAUUGAGCGCGCACACGCCAUCAUCGCCCCCAUCGUUCCGUUCGAGCCGUUCUUGACGGUGGCGGAGGUGUGCAAGGUCGGCGUCACUCAUUAUGCCAGCCCGCGCCUUGCACGGCAUGCCCUCGGCUACACCCCACGCGUCACACAGGACGAGGCAAUACAGCGCACACGCGCGUGGUGUGAGCAGCAGGUUGCGCCUGCGUGGCAGCGCUCUCUUGUGCUUCGCGGCACCAUCGCUGCUGCGGUCGGUUACAUCGCCUUCGCUCUUGCCCGCAGGUCGUGGCGAGCCUGCUUAUAGCAGCUUGUGUGUGUGUGUGUGUG